AUGAAGAAAUUAGCCCAAAAAAAUGCCGAAAAUAGAGAAAAAUUGAAGGUUCCGCAUACACUCGGAUAUAAGUCGCUUGCAAGGAAGAAACAUGAGUUGGAAUCGAGAGAUGGACGAACAUACAGUAGAGGAGAAAUGUAUACAAUUUCUCAUAAAAAGUCUGAUGGGUCUUUUGUCAAUGAAGAUGCAUACAACAAUAAUGAAAAAUUACAAGCUACAAUUAAGGAUUAUGUUUCUGAAAAUGAGGCAUUUCAGAAAGUAUUUGGAAAAGAACAACAUGGAUAUGUUCGUAGUGUGGGACUAGGAGCUACACCAUCUCAGAUUAAUAGAUCUACGAGAUUGGCAUCUUCUUCGGUAGAAAAUGAAAAAAAUAAAGGAAAUGCAAGAAGAAAUUAA